AUGUCUGACCCCAAGAACUUCAGGUUCAACUUGAAAGCCAUGAUAAACAAGCAAAAAACUAAGGUUCUAUACGUCGAAACCGAUAGCGAUUUCACUGAUGUCCUGUUGAGCUUCCUUACACUGCCGUUGGGAACUAUUGUUAAAGUCUUGAAAAAACACUAUGGGGAUGUGGUCCCUGUUUUGGGAAGCUUAACCACUUUGUACACUGGCUUGCACAAUUUGGACAGUGGCCUUUUUAAUAUACCGGGCUUUAAGAACCUGCUGCUCAACCCGAUAAACCCAUCUUUGGAGAAAUGUUGUAGACUGAAAAUCAAUGUUUAUGGCACGCAACCAACAGGUUUGGAUGCUAAAGAUGGGGUGUUCAUUAAAAGUAAAUCAACCUUAAUCAUCACUGAUGAUCUACAAGUAUUGCAUGGUGUGAUGGGUUCUGCUGUGCAAAUUUUCCGCAACUCAGGCAUUACGGAUACAGUCGGGAUCGAGGAAAGGAAUCUGACUUUUGGAUUCGAUGAGAUAAUGGAUUUGCUGAGGGGGUUGUUAUUUUCCCAGUCUCCACUUACGGAACUCAUUCUUGGAAAAAAGACGAUUGACAAUAUUGCGGUGAAGUGUGAGACAAUUGGCAAUCAACAGACAGAAAGUUGUAAGGUUGAGAAAAUGACAGUGAAAGCCAUUUUUCAAGAAUCAACUAAUAAGCUACUGUUUGUCGAGGCUGAUGAUGAUUUUGUAGAUUUCCUAUUUGGCCUGCUUGCACUUCCCCUGGGAGUGGUCGAGUGCUUACUGGGCGGUGACACUUAUCUUAAGAAUAUAGACAAUUUGUACAAAACCGUAGAGAAUAUACAACGUGACAAACUCUUCAAUAUGACAUACGAUCUACUCAGACCUAAUUUUACAAACGCUUAUGGUUCAGGAGCUUCUAUAUCGAGUUUUCCAAAAUGGCGGCCAAAAUAUUUUGAAGGGAAAAGCAUGUAUAUGGUGAUGGACGAUUUAACUGUAACGCCCUUGUCUACCACCUCGGGAAUUUCCAUUCUCAAUAGCCUGAAAAUCCCAUUUUCCGAUGUCAAGGAAAUGAAGCUUCUUGUUGGCUUAGAAGAGGCUAAGAGCAUACUGAAAGCAUCUCUUACUUCAGCUUGUGCCUUAACCGAUGGCCUCUUCAAUCCAGUUUUAAUGAAACAACCUAAGCAAGAGGCAAAUGAGAUAUAA